AUGAGCGACGUAAAACCUCUUCGAAUUGAUAUUAAAGAAAUUCCUGUUCGCUCAAAAUAUGAUCCAUAUAGAAGAGGAAAAGAUCCUAUCUUUUUUCAAGGCGAAACAAUAAAAGGAUCUUUUAUUAUUCCAAAAUUCACAGAUCAAUCAUCCAUUCGCCAUAAAAGUAUUACCGUUAAAAUAGUUAACGCAAUACUUCUCCAACGGAAUAUUAUUUCAAAGCAUGAUGUUGCUGUUAAAAAAAUUGCCAAAGAUGGAGUUUUAGAUUUACCUUCUAGAAUAGAUUUUGAAUUCAAAGAUGUUAAAUUUGAAACACCUUCAUUCCAAGGUUUUCGAUAUAAAUGCAAAUACUUUCUCGAAGCUUCAAUAAAUACAGGAUUUUUAAAUUCAGAUGUAACAGCUCACCAUCAGUUUUUAGUAUAUGAUACAAAUACAGUAAUUAUUCAACGUCCACCUGUUUCUCUUCGAAUUGAAUCACCAAUUAUUACUUUUGAUGUAUUUUUCGACAAAGGAAGCUAUUCAGUUUCAGAUACUAUUAAUGGACAGAUCGCAUUCGGUUUGACAAAGGACUGUCCGCUAAAAGAAAUUUAUUUCAAUUUAAUUAUAGCAGAAAAAUAUAAUGGAAAUACAGAGGAAACACAACUAACACACUACCAAAUAAUGGAUGGUCUUCCAAGACCUGGUACUACUUUCCCAUUUACUAUAAGUUUGGAUCCAUUUAAAAUUUGUUAUUUCCAUGACGAAAAGAAAUUACCCAUUGUAACCGAUUUCUUUGUUGAAAUUCAAGUUUCUUCAAACACAGGAACUUUAUUUAUAUCUAGACAACAAUUUCCACUCUAUUUUCCAAAAAUUUGA